CAGAUAAAAUCGUUCAGUCUUGCAGUUUGUCUGAUAAGAGCAAAACCUACAGUUGCAAAAAAUUGUCUGUGUAGCUCUCCUGCAAAACGGCAAGUAAUCACAACUCAAAUUGAGACUGGAUUCUUGCAGCUUGGAAGACUAACUAGAAGCCAAAAGCAACCUUACAACAGUGUACUCAACAAGCUACCUGUGCGAAAAUGACGACAAGUCUUCUGAAGCAACCUGUUGCAUAUAUGACUGCUGAUGGUCCCGGUGUGAUGUCCAACUACAUGGGAUUCUCAUCAGCCCCACUGCUCGGUCAUCAUCCAUACAGAAACCGUCACGGUGAACCUAUGUCUCCCUUCUUUGUGCCUGCCAGCUCAUCCUACACUAUCCCAGAGUUCUACCCUGCACAUUACGGAAACAUACCCUUCACAGAUUCAAAACCUAUUGUCCCUGAGCAGCAAGAAAUCGCUGUGAAUGCUCUCUUGGCCCUGAAUCCUAAAUCAACAGGCUCUAAUCACACCUCACCACCACAUAGUGGGAACUGCACCCCGACAACCAUGGCUACCACCGGCUUUAGCGUCGACUCGCCUCCCGAUCUCAUCUCUGCCCUUCGUAUGAGUGCCGGUGCCUACACUCCCGGUGAAGCUAUCACUGGAUUCGAGGUCCCACGCUCGGCCAGUCUUUGCCUCCACGAGCAGCACCCCUAUUCUGCCGACGUCAAGCCGAUUAUUCACGGCUACUGCAGUGGCGGUGGAUCUUCCAAUGGGACUCCCCUCACGAGCCCAAUCAGUGCCCAUUGCGAUCGCUCCCCGAAUGGAAUGAAGCUGAAGACCAAGUCCAUGCACAAAACUGGCAACAACAUCUGCCAAAUCUGCGGUAAAAGUUACGCGCGACCUUCGACUCUGAAGACGCACAUGAGGACCCACUCGGGUGAGAAACCAUACAAGUGUGAGGUCUGCUCGAAGGCUUUCACUCAAGCAGCCAAUCUAACAGCCCAUCUACGCACUCACAGCGGAGAAAAGCCGUUCAGUUGCCCAAUUUGCCAAAAGAGGUUCUCCCAAAGCUCAUCGGUGACUACCCACCUUCGCACCCACUCUGGAGAAAGACCGUACCGCUGUGACUACUGCGGCAAGGCUUUCGCUGACACUUCGACUCUCACCAAACACAAGAGGAUACACAGCGGCGAAAAACCAUAUCGUUGCAAGAUCUGUAAUCUAGGAUUUUCUCAAUCAGGUAAUCUCCAUCGACACAUGAAAACACACAAUAACUGAACUUUUCGCUAAUCCUCAAACUGUCUCCCGUCGUUUUAAGAUAGUAAAAUUUAUGCUUUUGUGUUUCUUCGUACCUUCUUUCAAUCUCACAAUUCCACAAGUACAUUUAUCACAUGUUAAAACCUCCACCAAAUCAAUAUUGUUUGCAUACUCUACUAUAUACAUUUUUUGUACUAUAAUAUUCAAAUCAUCAAUCUUUUUUUGUAACAUUCACCAGGUAUUGGCAUAGACAUCUUUUCAUGAAAA